AAAUUUAAAACUAUACAAAGAUGGUUUCCGAUUGCUUUACGAUCGAAUCAAUAACAAACAAACUUUAGCGCCCAGUCUUCCACGUCAGUCUGGCUACCUUGGAAACAAAUACAAAAUAUGGCGGACGAGGAAGGAAAGGCAACAGAAGCCACUCCUCCAGAGGCUACUGAAACUCCAGCAGCUGAAGCUGCACCCGCUGAGGCACCAUCAGCAGAUGCAGAGGUGCAGGAAGAAGCAGGGGAGGAGGCAAUUCCAGCCACACAGGCUGAUGAAGCAACAACUGAAGCACAGCCCCAAAUAGGUGCUGCAGAGAAUCCAGCUACUGAUGCUGCAGAAGAUGCAAAGGGGGAAGAAGAACCUACAGGGGAAGGUACAGUGUUGCCUCCACAAGAGGGAGACCAACCACAAGCUACUGAUAUUCCUGAGGAUAAUGCACCAAUACCAGAGAAUGAAGGUGUCCCAGAACAAGACACUGACCCUACCCUUGAGGUGGCGGAACCUCUUUCAAGAGAAGGCUCCCCAACAGCUAAAGAAUCAUCAGGUCCACCUACUGAUAUUCCUGACGCUACUCUGACCCCUCCUCCUAACACACAGUCACCUGUACCUGAUGAAGGACCACCAGCCAUGCAGCAGUAUCAAGACAUGGAUGAUCAAAUGUAUGAAGAUGAUGAAGACUACUAUGAAGACUCUGAACCAGAAGUCCCAAUAUACAACCGACAAGAGCUGAUAGAGAAAUACCAUCAAGCUCUAGAGGAAAGAUCAUCACUUAUGUCCCUCAAUGCUCAGUUGCAACACAAGUUAGCUGAAUACUUUCGAAAGAAGAAGAGUGAUGAAAGGCAACAAGAAGUUGAGAAAAAUGUAACAGAUCAGGAACAGAGAUACCUUAAAUACAUGUCCAAUCUAGAAGAGCUACAAAAUGAGGAGAAAAGAGAACAGGAAAGUUUCAAAUCCCAGAUUGAAGACUUGAAGACGAGAUGCCAAGAAAAACAAGAAGCUGUUGAGAAAUCAAGUGCGGACUUCACUAAGUUCAAGUUUGACGUUGCGAAGCAAGCAAUCAACAGUCGAUCAGGGAAACCCAUUCCACCCAAGGACAUUGAACAGUAUGAGCUGGCCGAGAUGAAGAAGGAGCAAGAGGUUACACUGGUUCGACUGGAUAAUAUCAAGCUGAAAAACCGCCUGAAAAAACGUGAGAUGCAACUGAAGGCGAAAGAGGAACUUGCAGAGGGACUACACCUUAUCGACUUUGAACAACUGAAAAUAGAGAAUCAGACAUACAACGAGAAGAUCGAGGAAAGGAAUGAGGAAUUGCUAAAGCUGCGAAAGAAGAUCACGACCACCGUUCAAGUCCUGACGCAUCUCAAAGAGAAAUUGCAGUUCGUGCAGGCGGAGAAUGGAGAUCAGAGGACCAGUUUGCGUUCAGUCGAGGCACAGGCCGCGCAGAAACGCGACAUCUUGACAAGAACAAAACAAGUGCGUGACGCACUUAGAAUCGAAAACGUCAAGUUAAGGCAGAAAUGCGGUCUCCUAGGCAACGAGCCGUUGCUACGCGACUAUGAAGUCCGAAAAGACCAGAGCGACGACUUAAACGCGACUAUCGAGAACCUGAAAAUGCGACACGCGGCGCUGACCAUGAAUUGCGCGGGCGUCAGACGCAAGAUCGAGGAGGCCAGACAGGACGAUCAGCCGUGAGGGACUGGGAAUGAUAUAUUUGUUCUGCUACUGCACAGAUUCUCUGUAAAAUGUAAAUAGGAAGUGUAAGAAAUUAAAAUUGAUUAAAAAUUUAGAUUUUUUCCUU